AUGGAAAAGACAUUUGACGAGGCUGCUGUUGGUAGCCAAGAUGGCAGUAACAGUGAUCUAGAGCAUGUCGAGAUUGACUGGACUACAGAAGAGGAGGCAAAACUCGUCCGAAAAAUGGACUUUACUAUCAUGCCGCUGCUAGUCCUGGGCUUUUUUGCUCUUCAACUUGAUCGAGGAAAUAUUGGGAAUGCUCUUACAGAUUUCUUCCUAUCGGAUGUUGGAAUUACACAGGGUCAGUUCAACGUUGGUCAGCAGCUUUUAUCAGCGGGUAUUGUACUUCUUGAAAUACCCAGUAACUUCAUUCUUUACCGCCUCGGACCGGCGAGAUGGAUAGGUUCUCAGAUUAUCGCAUGGGGUCUUGUUGCUACAUUCCAGGCCUUCCAGAAAGGCCUCGGUGCGUUUCUUUCUACUCGACUUCUUCUUGGCCUGUGUGAAGCUGGAUUCAUUCCUGCAGGUCUCUACACAAUUACACGAUGGUAUAAACGUGAUGAGACGAGCAAGCGAUUCGCUAUCUACUUCCUCGGCAAUGGAAUUGCAAGUGCUUGUACAGGUCUAAUUGCCUACGGGAUUUUACAUAUGAGAGGGAUCGGGGGACUUGGUGGAUGGCAAUGGCUCUUCAUUAUCGAGGGCAUAUUCACCAUCCUUGUUGGGAUACUUUUCAUCCUAUUCUUCCCUGACAGUCCCUUCAACCCCGUCUCUAUCUUCAAAUACGGCGUCUUUACCGAAAGGGAGAGACACAUCCUCACCAAAAGAAUCCUUGCGGAUGAUCCGACAAAGAUCCACGUCAAGCCAACCGUUACUAAAGAAGAGUUCAGAAACGUGAUCACAAACUGGAAACUUAUUCCUCACAUCCUCCUCACCAUUGCCGCUCUUGCGCCUGCUACCACAAUGAGCUCUUACUCGCCAAGUCUCGUCAGGUCAUUUGGCUACGAGCGACUCAAGUCCAACGCGCUUGUUUCGAUCGGAUCAUGGGCUUUCGUUGUUACCAACUUGAUAUGGGGCUACUUGGGUGACAAGCUUCAGAUGCGAGGUCCCCUCGUGGCGUUAGGCAUAUUCCUAUUUUGGGUAUUUACUAUUGCUGAUCGAGUUAUGGUGUUUUCUCCCAAUGGACGUGCACGGUUUGCUCUUUUAACAUUGACACAUGCUACCGGAUGGCAAUGGCAUCCCCUAAAUGGGUCAUGGAUGGCUCUCAACGCUGGUUCUGCCGGAGAAAGAUCCAUCACCAUGGCUAUCCUCAUCAUGGCAGCCAACACGUCUGGUAUCAUUGGAAGCCAGCUCUUCCAAGAACACGAUGCGCCUUUGUACAAGACUGGAUGGACAGCAAUUAUGGCCCUUGCUUCGGUUGGUCUCGUGAUGGCAGUCAUUGCCAAUUUGCAGUAUUACUUCCUUAAUGGACGGCGGAUAAGCCGAAAGGGGUUGAAGUACAGUCCUUGA